UUGCGAACGUCGUUGAUCGAUAAGGCAGCGCAUGCAAGUCGAGCGGAUCUUGAACUGUUGCAGGCUCAGUCAUCCUUACUGAUUACUCAUGCACAGAUCGAGCGAAUGAGACUACAACUCUGCGGAGUGACCAACAAGAACCCUUCAAGGCCGGUAUCGUACCAUGGCGAGGAUCUACUCGAACGAAUGAUAAAACCGAAGUUGAACUUCUUGUUGCCAUUCAAGUUGCAUGGUCAACGCGUGGACAAGCAUCGACGUUCCGAAACACAGAAUAUGGAAGCAGAAGUUGAGAAAAAUGAACAGAACAUCGAAACGGAAUUCUUGAGACUUUUUGAUUAUGCGAGAUGUUUGUCAAGGAUCUGUGAAGUGAAUGACGAUGCAGGCGAGUAUCAGCAAAUAAAUGCCCCAUCAAACUAUCGUGUUUCUCAACUGAAGAACAAAGAAUCUCAUAAUGUUGCAGGAGCUGGUGAGCGAGGUCAUGUAUUAAGGAAUGGCAUCUAUAGGACACCAAUCCUGACUAGGGAUCGAAGUAACGUUUAUAAUAAUCGUCCGAUAAGUCUCGUUGAGAACCCAGAGAGGCGACUGAAUGGAACGGGAAACAUGCGAAGAUUUGACGAAGAGGCCACAAGAAAGAACGAGAAACGUGGUGAACCGGCAUCAAAUCCGAAGUCUGUUUAG